CAAAAACCAAUGGACAAAAAAUGGUGGGUGCUGAUGUUUGGCUCAGUUGUUAGAAAAAGUGGCAAAGGUAAUUUGAAAAUGUGGCAUAUGUCCUGCGGGACACUCCCAGAACCCUGCUGUGUGCAGAACUGUGUCCUUAAAGCUUGCUGAUUGCUGUCAGUGAUGAAGAACUUAAAAAUGUCUCCUUUUUGUUCCCACCAGGAGAGGCAGCAGCAUGGCCAGCGUGCUGUCCCGGCGUCUAGGCAAGCGUUCUCUCCUGGGAGCACGGGUGUUGGGACCCAGUGCCUCGGAUGGGCUGUCUGGGUCAGGGCUGCCCUCGGAGUCGCAGGGGGAGCCUCUGGAGGGGGCUGCUGCUCAGCCCUUCCUGACCACAAAGGAUGCUUCCUGCCAGGAGCAGCCCAAGGACGUCCUCAAGACCCCUUGCAGCUCUGGCCUGCAGCAGAUGGUCUUUCAGCCUGGGCAGAAGGUUUCUGUGUGGUACGGGGGUCAGGAGUGCCCAGCACUGGUGGAGCAGCAUAGCUGGGCAGAGGACAAGGUGACCGUGUGGCUGCUCGACCAGAAGGCCCAGAUCUACUGCAAGGCGGAAGAAGUGUGGCUGGCAGAACUGCAGGGCCCCGUGCCCCAGGCACCUCCCUUGGAGCCCAGAGCCCAGGCUGCUGCCUACAGGCCUGUUUCCAGGAACAUCGAUGUACCCAAGAGGAAGUCGGAGGCGAUGGAGAUGGACGAGAUGAUGGCGGCCAUGGUGCUGACCUCGCUGUCCUGCAGCCCGGCAGUGCAGAGCCCCCCGGGGGCUGAGACCAAUUUUGCAGUGUCCCGUGCAGCCUGCGACCCGUGGAAGGAGAGCGGAGACGUGUCAGACAGUGGCAGCAGCACCACCAGUGGGCACUGGAGUGGGGGCAGUGGCAUCUCCACCCCCUCACCUCCUCACCCUCAGGCAAGCCCCAAGUACCUGGGAGAUGCCUUCGGCUCCCCUCAAACCGAUCAUGGCUUUGAGACCGAUUCCGACCCUUUCCUGCUGGAUGAACCAGCUCCGCGCAAAAGAAAGAACUCCGUGAAGGUCAUGUACAAGUGCCUGUGGCCCAACUGUGGCAAGGUUCUGCGCUCCAUCGUGGGCAUCAAGCGACAUGUCAAAGCCCUCCACCUGGGGGACACUGUGGACUCGGACCAGUUCAAACGGGAAGAAGAUUUCUACUACACAGAGGUGCAGGUGAAGGAAGAAUCGGCUGCUGCCACUGCAGCUGGCCCCCUUGCCCCUGGCACUGCCACUGCCGACCCAGUCCCCACCCCCACCAUGACCAGCUCAGCCCUUGCCGUUCUGCCGCCACCUCCACCCAAAGUUCAGUCCUGCCGCCUGGAACACCCUGGCCUGGAGUCUUCCCUGCCCUCAGGUGCACUCAGCAAGUCAGCUCCAGGCUCCUUCUGGCACAUCCAGGCUGACCAUGCGUAUCAGGCUCUGCCGUCCUUCCAGAUCCCGGUCUCCCCACACAUCUACACCAGCAUCAGCUGGGCUGCGGCCCCUUCCACCACUUCUUCCUUUUCUCCGGUCCGGAGCCGAUCGCUGAGCUUCAGCGAGCCACAGCAGCCACCACCCGCGGCAAAAUCUCACCUGAUCGUCACAUCUCCGCCCCGGGCCCAGAGCAGCACCAGGAAAGCCCGUGGGGAGGCCAAGAAGUGCCGCAAGGUAUAUGGCAUCGAGCACCGGGACCAGUGGUGCACGGCCUGCCGGUGGAAGAAAGCCUGCCAGCGCUUCCUGGACUGAGCCUGGCCACAGAGUGCCCCGUGUCCCCACUGCUCCCCGGCCCGGGCCCACCCCCAUCCCCACAAGAGGCACCCCCUGUAUCUCAAGCCCAAAGCAGCAAGCGCCCCAUAAGAUGCAGUGUACAUGUGGACUGGAGGACCUUUUUUGGCUAAGCUGUAAUGCUGAAAACACUGUCUCCCUGCCUUGUGGGAACAUUUUAUUUUUUUAAAAACAAAAAAAGAAAGGAAAAUAUUUUUUUCCCCCUUGAGUAGGAGAGAGCCAAAACUGACCAAGGGCGUUCUCAGCAAACCAGAGACCAAAGAAUUCCCUGCCCUCCUGUCCCUCAGCACCUGCCCCUCAGGGGGCUGUGCCUGCGCGUCUCAGAGGAACCAGCCAGCGGCUUUUUUGUUUCCUGCUUGGUGGAGUGCAUUCUUCUCUCUCUCAACUCUUCCAGAAAGGACUGUGAGCAAGAUGAACUUACUUUCCUUAGGCAAAAACAUAUGGCGUUGUGGCUGAUGGACAAUUCAGAGAGCGUGGGGUGUGAGUGGGUGCUGCCCGGAUCCUUCUAGGGGAGGAGUGGUGAGUGGGCAGCUGUGUCCUUCCUCCACACUUGGAGCAGCUUCCAAGGAAGGAGCAGGGAGGACCCUCUUUUUUGGUGACAGCUGGAUUGCAUCCCGGCAGUCAUAGGCUUGCUUCUUAAAGCCCAGGCGAAUAGGGUUUUUGAAGACUAUCCCUGUACCAAGUUCCUGAGCCAAAAGGCUUGGGAGAAUUCAUUUCCUGAGACGUGGCUAGUUCAGCACUAUCUGACCUUCUCUUUUGCCGUGAGGAGGUCCUGGAGGGUUUGUGGGUGGGUGACAACUCUUCUCUUACCUGAGUCAGCCCCCACUCCCCCUAAACCUCAGGACUGGCCCCUAUCUCUCCCAAGGCUGCGGAAACACUGCGUCUGGGAGCCUCUGCUGGUCCAAGGUCCCUGUUAACGUGGUGGUCCUCAGAGACCCCAGCAGAUGCCCUUGUGUCUCCUGGCUUCACCAGGUAGCCCUGCACCUGAAGUCAAGAGGAGGAUUGAAGAGCCCUUGUGGUCGAGGGUCAGGCUGUAGCAGUCCCACCUGGAAGAUGUGGAGAGUUUUGGGGGAGCUGCUGCUUUGGCCCUGGCAGUUUUUGGACACUACUGGAAUUGGGCAGCUGGGGCAGGAAGAAAUAACCAGGCUGCCUUGAGGUUAGUCAGCAGAGCUGUUCUUGCUGGGGAGGAUGGAGAGGUAGGGAGUUUUGGGCCAGGCCAGCUACUGAUGUGGAAAGACGAAGUGAGCCGAGGGCAGGGCACGUGUGUCUGUCUUGAGGCCACACAUCUCUCCUAAGUGGGACUAGUUUGGGAGCGUCUCUGCCUGUUUGAGUGUAGCUGUUGAAUACGCAGCUGCCUUAUGUGUGAGUCCUGGGCCAAUAUCCCAGAUACCAGGGCUCAGGGGGUUCACCAGGCCAGCUCUCUGGAGUCUGAGGGGCAGCAUCUACCCCAUGGUGGUCAUCAUGCAGGCAGCCUUGCUGGUGAAGACACCAAGCCACUGAGGUUCCAUUGGUGACCUCGGGGGGGAAAUAUUGCAAGGAGACUUCAAGAAGUUCAUGCGAAGUGGAGUUUAAAUGGAUCACUUACUUUUUUGAGAAUGUUCUCAAAGUCCUGUGUCAGUGUAAGCUAGAGUGUCAUAAAAACCGCAAGGCUUGGUGCUUGAUGGAUGCAGUGACCUGGCACAUUCUUACAUUUGGCCAUCUUUGGUGGGGAGGGAUGUAUUUUUUGAAUUGGUCAUAAAUGUGUGUGUGUGUGUGUGUGUGUGUGUGUGUGUAUGUAUGAGUCUAAUUCUGUCUCUUGAAAAGCUCAUCACCAGACUAGCUGGAGGUGGUGUUGGGCUAAU